AACGAGAAAGGGGGUGGGGGUAAAUAUUUCGAAUCCUUUCAAAUCUCUGAAGGAGAGCCUCUUUUUGUUAUCAUGUCUCUAUAAAAUCGCACCUCCUUCAAGAAUUAACAACACUUUUCAUCGAUACAUCCUACCCGAGGGUCCUGGAUGAAUCGUGCUAUGAUGGAAGGCUACACUAUUAUACUCUCGCUUCUUCUCUGCCUCAGUGUGGCAAGCGUCUUCUCUAAUGAUGCCAUCUUGAAUGGACCUGGCCCUCUGGGACUUGAGAGUUAUAUCAUCCCAGAUUCAAGUCUGACAGCUUCUAGUGAGUUUAGUGCUGACUAUGCUGCAAAGAGAGGUCGUCUUAACCUGGUCCGAGAAGGGAACCUGAAGGCACCCUGGAUUGCACGAACAAAUGAUGCCAACCAGUGGAUCCAGGUGGAUCUUUUAGACCUUUACCGUAUCACUUCAGUUGCGACUCAAGGGCGACAAGAUUCCAGCCAGUGGGUAAAAAGCUACAAGCUUGCUUGUAGUACUGAUGGCACGACCUUUCACACCGUACAGGACAUCUCCACAAACCCUGCAUAUGACAAGAUCUUCACCGGUAAUGUUGACCGCAACACCAUCGUGACCAACAUUCUUCCUGUACCCCAGAUUUGCCGCUAUGUCCGCUUGAUGCCUGUCAAGUGGUUCGGCUACAUCAGUCUUCGUAUGGAAAUCUACGGUGAAGGCCCUGUCAUAGAUAUCAACGACUGUUCCCCUGAUCCUUGUGAGAAUGGAGGAACUUGCAGUAAUGGAGUGAACACCUUUACUUGUGCCUGCGAUCCUGGCUAUACUGGGCCUACGUGCGGAGCAACCAUCUCUAAUGGACCUGGCCCUCUGGGACUUGAGAGUUAUAUCAUCCCAGAUUCAAGUCUGACAGCGUCCAGUGAGUAUAGUGCUGACCAUGGUGUAAAGAGAGGUCGUCUUAACCUGGUCCGAGACGGGAACCUGAAGGGAGGCUGGAUUGCACGAUCAAGAGAUGCCAACCAGUGGAUCCAGGUGGAUCUUUUGGACCUUUACCGUAUCACUUCAGUUGCGACUCAAGGGCGACAAGAUUACAGCCAGUGGGUAAAAAGCUACAAGCUUGCUUGUAGUACUGAUGGCAAGACCUUUCACACCGUACAGGACAUCUCCACAAACCCUGCAUAUGACAAGGUCUUCACCGGUAAUGUUGACCGCAACACCAUCGUGACCAACACUCUGCCUGUACCCCAGAUUUGCCGCUAUGUCCGCUUGAUGCCUGUCAAGUGGUUCGAUCGCAUCAGUCUUCGUAUGGAAAUCUACGGUGAAGGCCCUUUCACAGAUAUCAUCGAUUGUUCUCAUGAUCCUUGUAAGAAUGGAGGAACUUGCAGUGAUGGAGUGAACACCUUUACUUGUGCCUGUGAUCCUGGCUAUACUGGACCAACAUGUGGAACAACCAUCUCUAAUGGACCUGGCCCUCUGGGACUUGAGAGGUAUAUCAUCCCAGAUUCAAGUAUGACAGCUUCUAGUGAGUAUAGUGCUGACCAUGCUGCAAAUAGAGGACGUCUUAACCUGGCCCGAGACGGGAACCUGAAGGGAGGCUGGUCUGCACGAGCAAACGAUGCCAACCAGUGGAUCCAGGUGGAUCUUGCGGACAUUUACCGUAUCACUUCAGUUGCGACCCAAGGGCGACAAGAAUCAAGCCAGUGGGUAACAAGCUACGAGCUUGCUUGUAGUACUGAUGGCACGACCUUUCACACCGUACAGGACAUCUCCACAAACCCUGCAUAUGACAAGGUCUUCACCGGUAAUGUUGACCGCAACACCAUCGUGACCAACAUUCUUCCUGUACCCCAGAUUUGCCGCUAUGUCCGCUUGAUGCCUGUCAAGUGGUUCGGCCACAUCAGUCUUCGUAUGGAAAUCUACGGUGAAGGCCCUGUCAUAGAUAUCAACGAUUGUUCUCCUGAUCCUUGUGAGAAUGGAGGAAUUUGCAAUGAUGGAGUGAAUACCUUUACUUGUGUCUGCGAUCCUGGCUAUACUGGGCCUACGUGUGGCACAGCCAUCUUGAAUGGACCUGGCCCUCUGGGACUUGAGAGUUAUAUCAUCCCAGAUUCAAGUAUGACAGCUUCUAGUGAGUUUAGUGCUGACUAUGGUGCAAAGAGAGGUCGUCUUAACCUGGUCCGAGACGGGAACCUGAAGGCAGCCUGGAUUGCACGAACAAAUGAUGCCAACCAGUGGAUCCAGGUGGAUCUUGCGGACAUUUACCGUAUCACUUCAGUUGCGACCCAAGGGCGACAAGAAGCAAGCCAGUGGGUAACAAGCUACAAGCUUGCUUGUAGUACUGAUGGCACGACCUUUUACACCGUGCAGGGCAUCUCUGCAUACCCUGGAGCUGUCUGGAUCUUCACCGGUAAUGCCGACCGCAACACCAUCGUGACCAACACUCUGCCUGUACCCCAGAUUUGCCGCUAUGUCCGCUUGAUGCCUGUCAAGUGGUUCGGCUACAUCAGUCUUCGUAUGGAAAUCUACGGUGAAGGCCCUUUCAGAGAUAUCAACGAUUGUUCUCCUGAUCCUUGUGAGAAUGGAGGAAUUUGCAAUGAUGGAGUGAAUACCUUUACUUGUGUCUGCGAUCCUGGCUAUACUGGGCCUACGUGUGGCACAGCCAUCUUGAAUGGACCUGGCCCUCUGGGACUUGAGAGUUAUAUCAUCCCAGAUUCAAGUAUGACAGCUUCUAGUGAGUUUAGUGCUGACUAUGGGGCAAAGAGAGGUCGUCUUAACCUGGUCCGAGACGGGAACCUGAAGGCAGCCUGGAUUGCACGAACAAAUGAUGCCAACCAGUGGAUCCAGGUGGAUCUUGCGGACAUUUACCGUAUCACUUCAGUUGCGACCCAAGGGCGACAAGAAGCAAGCCAGUGGGUAACAAGCUACAAGCUUGCUUGUAGUACUGAUGGCACGACCUUUUACACCGUGCAGGGCAUCUCUGCAUACCCUGGAGCUGUCUGGAUCUUCACCGGUAAUGCCGACCGCAACACCAUCGUGACCAACACUCUGCCUGUACCCCAGAUUUGCCGCUAUGUCCGCUUGAUGCCUGUCAAGUGGUUCGGCUACAUCAGUCUUCGUAUGGAAAUCUACGGUGAAGGCCCUUUCAGAGAUAUCAACGCUUGUUCUCCUGAUCCUUGUGAGAAUGGAGGAAUUUGCAAUGAUGGAGUGAAUACCUUUACUUGUGUCUGCGAUCCUGGCUAUACUGGGCCUACGUGUGGCACAGAUAUCAACGAUUGUUCCCCUGAUCCUUGUGAGAAUGGAGGAACUUGUAGUGAUGGAGUGAACACCUUUACUUGUGCCUGCGAUCCUGGCUAUACUGGGCCUACGUGCGGAGCAACCAUCUUGAAUGGACCUGGCCCUCUGGGACUUGAGAGUUAUAUCAUCCCAGAUUCAAGUCUGACAGCGUCCAGUGAGUAUAGUGCUGACAAAGGUGUAAAGAGAGGUCGUCUUAACCUAGUCCGAGACGGGAACCUGAAGGGAGGCUGGAUUGCACGAACAAGAGAUGCCAACCAGUGGAUCCAGGUGGAUCUUUUGGACCUUUACCGUAUCACUUCAGUUGCGACUCAAGGGCGACAAGAUUACAGCGAGUGGGUAAAAAGCUACAAGCUUGCUUGUAGUACUGAUGGCAAGACCUUUCACACCGUACAGGACAUCUCCACAAACCCUGCAUAUGACAAGGUCUUCACCGGUAAUGUUGACCGCAACACCAUCCUGACCAACAUUCUGCCUGUACCCCAGAUUUGCCGCUAUGUCCGCUUGAUGCCUAUCAAGUGGUUCGGUCGUAUCAGUCUUCGUAUGGAAAUCUACGGUGAAGGCCCUUUCACAGAUAUCAUCGAUUGUUCUCAUGAUCCUUGUAAGAAUGGAGGAACUUGCAGUGAUGGAGUGAAUACCUUUACUUGUGCCUGCGAUCCUGGCUAUACUGGACCAACAUGUGGAACAACCAUCUUGAAUGGACCUGGCCCUCUGGGACUUGAGAGGUAUAUCAUCCCAGAUUCAAGUCUGACAGCUUCUAGUGAGUAUAACGCUGACCAUGGUGCAAAUAGAGGACGUCUUAACCUGGCCCGAGACGGGAACCUGAAGGGAAGCUGGUCUGCACGAGCAAACGAUGCCAACCAGUGGAUCCAGGUGGAUCUUGCGGACAUUUACCGUAUCACUUCAGUUGCGACCCAAGGGCGACCAGAAGCAAGCCAGUGGGUAACAAGCUACAAGCUUGCAUGUAGUACUGAUGGCAAGACCUUUCACACCGUACAGGACAUCUCCACAAACCCUGCAUAUGACAAGGUCUUCACCGGUAAUGUUGACCGCAACACCAUCGUGACCAACAUUCUUCCUGUACCCCAGAUUUGCCGCUAUGUCCGCUUGAUGCCUGUCAAGUGGUUCGGCCACAUCAGUCUUCGUAUGGAAAUCUACGGUGAAGGCCCUGUCAUAGAUAUCAACGAUUGUUCUCCUGAUCCUUGUGAGAAUGGAGGAAUUUGCAAUGAUGGAGUGUAUACCUUUACUUGUGUCUGCGAUCCUGGCUAUACUGGGCCUACGUGUGGCACAGCCAUCUUGAAUGGACCUGGCCCUCUGGGACUUGAGAGUUAUAUCAUCCCAGAUUCAAGUCUGACAGCGUCCAGUGAGUAUAGUGCUGACAAAGGUGUAAAGAGAGGUCGUCUUAACCUGGUCCGAGACGGGAACCUGAAGGGAGGCUGGAUUGCACGAACAAGAGAUGCCAACCAGUGGAUCCAGGUGGAUCUUUUGGACCUUUACCGUAUCACUUCAGUUGCGACUCAAGGGCGACAAGAUUACAGCGAGUGGGUAAAAAGCUACAAGCUUGCUUGUAGUACUGAUGGCAAGACCUUUCACACCGUACAGGACAUCUCCACAAACCCUGCAUAUGACAAGGUCUUCACCGGUAAUGUUGACCGCAACACCAUCAAGACCAACAUUCUGCCUGUACCCCAGAUUUGCCGCUAUGUCCGCUUGAUGCCUAUCAAGUGGUUCGGUCGUAUCAGUCUUCGUAUGGAAAUCUACGGUGAAGGCCCUUUCACAGAUAUCAUCGAUUGUUCUCAUGAUCCUUGUAAGAAUGGAGGAACUUGCAGUGAUGGAGUGAAUACCUUUACUUGUGCCUGCGAUCCUGGCUAUACUGGACCAACAUGUGGAACAACCAUCUUGAAUGGACCUGGCCCUCUGGGACUUGAGAGGUAUAUCAUCCCAGAUUCAAGUCUGACAGCUUCUAGUGAGUAUAAUGCUGACCAUGGUGCAAAUAGAGGACGUCUUAACCUGGCCCGAGACGGGAACCUGAAGGGAAGCUGGUCUGCACGAGCAAACGAUGCCAACCAGUGGAUCCAGGUGGAUCUUGCGGACAUUUACCGUAUCACUUCAGUUGCGACCCAAGGGCGACCAGAAGCAAGCCAGUGGGUAACAAGCUACAAGCUUGCUUGUAGUACUGAUGGCAAGACCUUUCACACCGUACAGGACAUCUCCACAAACCCUGCAUAUGACAAGGUCUUCACCGGUAAUGUUGACCGCAACACCAUCGUGACCAACAUUCUUCCUGUACCCCAGAUUUGCCGCUAUGUCCGCUUGAUGCCUGUCAAGUGGUUCGGCCACAUCAGUCUUCGUAUGGAAAUCUACGGUGAAGGCCCUGUCAUAGAUAUCAACGAUUGUUCUCCUGAUCCUUGUGAGAAUGGAGGAAUUUGCAAUGAUGGAGUGUAUACCUUUACUUGUGUCUGCGAUCCUGGCUAUACUGGGCCUACGUGUGGCACAGCCAUCUUGAAUGGACCUGGCCCUCUGGGACUUGAGAGUUAUAUCAUCCCAGAUUCAAGUCUGACAGCGUCCAGUGAGUAUAGUGCUGACCAUGGUGUAAAGAGAGGUCGUCUUAACCUGGUCCGAGACGGGAACCUGAAGGGAGGCUGGAUUGCACGAACAAGAGAUGCCAACCAGUGGAUCCAGGUGGAUCUUUUGGACCUUUACCGUAUCACUUCAGUUGCGACUCAAGGGCGACAAGAUUACAGCCAGUGGGUAAAAAGCUACAAGCUUGCUUGUAGUACUGAUGGCACGACCUUUCACACCGUACAGGACAUCUCCACAAACCCUGCAUAUGACAAGGUCUUCACCGGUAAUGUUGACCGCAACACCAUGAAGACCAACAUUCUGCCUGUACCCCAGAUUUGCCGCUAUGUCCGCUUGAUGCCUGUCAAGUGGUUCGAUCGCAUCAGUCUUCGUAUGGAAAUCUACGGUGAAGGCCCUUUCACAGAUAUCAUCGAUUGUUCUCAUGAUCCUUGUAAGAAUGGAGGAACUUGCAGUGAUGGAGUGAAUACCUUUACUUGUGCCUGCGAUCCUGGCUAUACUGGACCAACAUGUGGAACAACCAUCUUGAAUGGACCUGGCCCUCUGGGACUUGAGAGGUAUAUCAUCCCAGAUUCAAGUCUGACAGCUUCUAGUGAGUAUAAUGCUGACCAUGGUGCAAAUAGAGGACGUCUUAACCUGGCCCGAGACGGGAACCUGAAGGGAAGCUGGUCUGCACGAGCAAACGAUGCCAACCAGUGGAUCCAGGUGGAUCUUGCGGACAUUUACCGUAUCACUUCAGUUGCGACCCAAGGGCGACCAGAAGCAAGCCAGUGGGUAACAAGCUACAAGCUUGCUUGUAGUACUGAUGGCACGACCUUUCACACCGUACAGGACAUCUCCACAAACCCUGCAUAUGACAAGGUCUUCACCGGUAAUGUUGACCGCAACACCAUCGUGACCAACAUUCUUCCUGUACCCCAGAUUUGCCGCUAUGUCCGCUUGAUGCCUGUCAAGUGGUUCCGCCACAUCAGUCUUCGUAUGGAAAUUUACGGUGAAGGCCCUGUCAUAGAUAUCAACGAUUGUUCUCCUGAUCCUUGUAAGAAUGGAGGAACUUGCAAUGAUGGAGUGUAUACCUUUACUUGUGUCUGCGAUCCUGGCUAUACUGGGCCUACGUGUGGCACAGCCAUCUUGAAUGGACCUGGCCCUCUGGGACUUGAGAGUUAUAUCAUCCCAGAUUCAAGUCUGACAGCGUCCAGUGAGUAUAGUGCUGACCAUAGUGUAAAGAGAGUUCGUCUUAACCUGGUCCGAGACGGGAACCUGAAGGGAGGCUGGAUUGCACGAACAAGAGAUGCCAACCAGUGGAUCCAGGUGGAUCUUUUGGACCUUUACCGUAUCACUUCAGUUGCGACUCAAGGGCGACAAGAUUACAGCCAGUGGGUAAAAAGCUACAAGCUUGCUUGUAGUACUGAUGGCACGACCUUUCACACCGUACAGGACAUCUCCACAAACCCUGCAUAUGACAAGGUCUUCACCGGUAAUGUUGACCGCAACACCAUCAAGACCAACAUUCUGCCUGUACCCCAGAUUUGCCGCUAUGUCCGCUUGAUGCCUGUCAAGUGGUUCGAUCGCAUCAGUCUUCGUAUGGAAAUCUACGGUGAAGGCCCUUUCACAGAUAUCAUCGAUUGUUCUCAUGAUCCUUGUAAGAAUGGAGGAACUUGCAGUGAUGGAGUGAACACCUUUACUUGUGCCUGCGAUCCUGGCUAUACUGGACCAACAUGCGGAACAACCAUCUUGAAUGGACCUGGCCCUCUGGGACUUGAGAGGUAUAUCAUCCCAGAUUCAAGUCUGACAGCUUCUAGUGAGUAUAAUGCUGACCAUGGCGCAAAUAGAGGACGUCUUAACCUGGCCCGAGACGGGAACCUGAAGGGAGGCUGGUCUGCACGAGCAAACGAUGCCAACCAGUGGAUCCAGGUGGAUCUUUUGGACAUUUACCGUAUCACUUCAGUUGCGACCCAAGGGCGACAAGAAUCAAGCCAGUGGGUAACAAGCUACAAGCUUGCUUGUAGUACUGAUGGCACGACCUUUUACACCGUGCAGGGCAUCUCUUCACACCCUAGAGCUGUCACGAUCUUCACCGGUAAUGCCGACCGCAACACCAUCGUGACCAACACUCUGCCUGUACCCCAGAUUUGCCUCUAUGUCCGCUUGAUGCCCGUCACCUGGUUCGUCCACAUCAGUCUUCGUAUGGAGAUCUACGGUGAAGGCCCUUUCAGAGAUAUCAACGAUUGUUCUCCUGAUCCUUGUGAGAAUGGAGGAACUUGCAGUGGUGGAGACAACAUUUUUACUUGUGCCUGCGAUCCUGGCUAUACUGGGCCUACGUGCGGAACAGCCAUCUUGAAUGGACCUGGUCCUCUGGGACUUGAGAGUUAUUUCAUCCCAGAUUCAAGUCUGACAGCUUCUAGUGAGUAUGGUGCUGACAAUGGUGCAAAGAGAGGACGUCUUAACCUGGCCCGAGACGGAAACCUGAAUGGAGGCUGGUCUGCAGGAGCAAACAAUGCCAACCAGUGGAUCCAGGUGGAUCUUUUGGACCUUUACCGUAUCACUUCAGUUGCGACUCAAGGGCGACAAGAAUCAAGCCAGUGGGUAACAAGCUACAAGCUUGCUUGUAGUACAGAUGGCAUGACGUUUCACACCGUACAGAACAUCGCUACAAACCCUGCAUAUGACGAGGUCUUCAUCGGUAAUGUUGACCGCAACACCAUCGUGACCAACACUCUGCCUGUACCCCAGAUUUGCCGCUAUGUCCGCUUGAUGCCUGUCGGUUGGUUCAAUUUCAUCAGUCUUCGUAUGGAAAUCUACGGUGAAGGCCCUAUCACAGAUUGUUCUCCCGAUCCUUGUGAGAAUGGAGGAAUUUGCAGUGAUGGAGUAAACACCUUUACUUGUGCCUGCGAUCCUGGCUAUACUGGGCCUACGUGUAGAACAGAUAUCAACGAUUGUUCUCCCGAUCCUUGUGAAAAUGGUGGAAUUUGCAGUGAUGGAGUGAACACCUUUACUUGUGCCUGCUAUCCUGGCUAUACUGGGCCUACGUGUGGAACAGCUAUCUUGAAUAAGCCUGGUCUGGGCCUUGAGAGUUAUGUUAUCCCGGAUUCCAGUCUUACAGCUUCCAGUGCGUAUACCGCCGAAGAAGAAGGGUUUGGCACCUUUAGCGCAAAUAAAGGUCGUCUUAACCUGGCCGAAACAGCCUGGGGCGCAGAAACAGCAGAUACCGAACAGUGGAUCCAGGUGGAUCUUUUGGAACCUUACCGUAUCAUUGCAGUUGCGACUCAAGGGAAUGGAAAAACCUCAGACCCAGAGUCUUUUGGGUAUCCAGGGUUUUAUGAGUGGGUAAAAAGCUACAAGCUUGCUUGUAGAACUGAUGACACGCCCUUUCACACCGUGCUGGACAUCAAUGGAGAUGACAGUAUCUUUACAGGUAACUUUGACAAGAACACCAUCGUGACCAACACUCUGUCUGUGCCCCAGGUUUGCAGAUAUGUCCGCUUGAUGCCUGUCACAUGGCAUAGGUAUAUUGCUCUUCGUAUGGAGAUCUACGGCGAAGAUAUCAACGAUUGUUCUCCCGAUCCUUGUGAGAAUGGAGGACUUUGCAGUGAUGGAGUGAACACCGUUACUUGUGCCUGCCUUCCUGGCUAUACUGGGCCUACGUGUGGAACUGAUAUCAACGAUUGUUCUCCCGAUCCUUGUGAGAAUGGUGGAAUUUGCAGUGAUGGAGUGAACACCUUUACUUGUGCCUGCUAUCCUGGCUAUACUGGGCCUACGUGUGGAACAGCUAUCUUGAAUAAGCCUGGUCUGGGCCUUGAGAGUUAUGUUAUCCCGGAUUCCAGUCUUACAGCUUCCAGUGCGUAUACCGCCGAAGAAGAAGGGUUUGGCACCUUUAGCGCAAAUAAAGGUCGUCUUAACCUGGCCGAAACAGCCUGGGGCGCAGAAACAGCAGAUACCGAACAGUGGAUCCAGGUGGAUCUUUUGGAACCUUACCGUAUCAUUGCAGUUGCGACUCAAGGGAAUGGAAAAACCUCAGACCCAGAGUCUUUUGGGUAUCCAGGGUUUUAUGAGUGGGUAAAAAGCUACAAGCUUGCUUGUAGAACUGAUGACACGCCCUUUCACACCGUGCUGGACAUCAAUGGAGAUGACAGUAUCUUCACCGGUAACUUUGACAAGAACACCAUCGUGACCAACACUCUGUCUGUGCCCCAGGUUUGCAGAUAUGUCCGCUUGAUGCCUGUCACAUGGCAUAGGUAUAUUGCUCUUCGUAUGGAGAUCUACGGCGAAGAUAUCAACGAUUGUUCUCCCGAUCCUUGUGAGAAUGGAGGAAUUUGCAGUGAUGGAGUGAACACCUUUACUUGUACCUGCGAUCCUGGAUAUACUGGGGCUACGUGUGGAACAGAUAUCAACGAUUGUUCUCCCGAUCCUUGUGAGAAUGGAGGAAUUUGCAGUGAUGGGGUGAACACCUUUACUUGUGCCUGCAAUCCUGGCUAUACUGGGCCUAGGUGUGGAACAGAUAUCGACGAUUGUUCUCUUGAUCCUUGUGAAAAUGGAGGUAUUUGCAGUGAUGGUGUGAACACCUUUACUUGUACCUGCGAUCCUGGAUAUACUGGGCUUUCGUGUGUAACAGAUAUCGACGAUUGUUCUCUUGAUCCUUGUGAAAAUGGAGGUAUUUGCAGUGAUGGUGUGAACACCUUUACUUGUACCUGCGAUCCUGGAUAUACUGGGCCUACGUGUGGAACAGAUAUCGACGAUUGUUCUCUUGAUCCUUGUGAAAAUGGAGGUAUUUGCAGUGAUGGUGUGAACACCUUUACUUGUGCCUGCAAUCCUGGCCAUACUGGGCCUACGUGUGGAACAGAUAUCAACGAUUGUUCUCCCGAUCCUUGUGAAAAUGGAAGUAUUUGCAGUGAUGGUGAGAACACCUUUACUUGUACCUGCGAUCCUGGAUAUACUGGGCCUACGUGUGGAACAGAUAUCAACGAUUGUUCUCCCGAUCCUUGUGAAAAUGGAGGUAUUUGCAGUGAUGGUGUGAACACCUUUACUUGUACCUGCGAUCCUGGAUAUACUGGGCCUACGUGUGGAACAGAUAUCAACGAUUGUUCUCUUGAUCCUUGUGAAAAUGGAGGAUAUUGCACUGAUGGAGUGAACACUUUUACUUGUGCCUGCGUUCCUGGCUAUACUGGGCCUACGUGUGGAACAGAUAUCAACGAUUGUUCUCCCGAUCCUUGUGAAAAUGGAGGAAUUUGCGGUGAUGGUGUGAACACCUUUACUUGUACCUGCGAUCCUGGAUAUACUGGGCCUACGUGUGGAACAGAUAUCAACGAUUGUUCUCCCGAUCCUUGUGAAAAUGGAGGUAUUUGCAGUGAUGGUGUGAACACCUUUACUUGUACCUGCGAUCCUGGAUAUACUGGGCCUACGUGUGGAACAGAUAUCAACGAUUGUUCUCUUGAUCCUUGUGAAAAUGGAGGAUAUUGCACUGCUGGAGUGAACACUUUUACUUGUGCCUGCGUUCCUGGCUAUACUGGGCCUACGUGUGGAACAGAUAUCAACGAUUGUUCUCCCGAUCCUUGUGAAAAUGGAGGAAUUUGCGGUGAUGGUGUGAACACCUUUACUUGUACCUGCGAUCCUGGAUAUACUGGGCCUACGUGUGGAACAGAUAUCAACGAUUGUUCUCUUGAUCCUUGUGAAAAUGGAGGAUAUUGCACUGAUGGAGUGAACACUUUUACUUGUGCCUGCGUUCCUGGCUAUACUGGGCCUACGUGUGGAACAGAUAUCAACGAUUGUUCUCCCGAUCCUUGUGAAAAUGGAGGAAUUUGCAGUGAUGGUGUGAACACCUUUACUUGUACCUGCGAUCCUGGAUAUACUGGGCCUACGUGUGGAACAGAUAUCAACGAUUGUUCUCUUGAUCCUUGUGAGAAUGGAGGAUAUUGCACUGAUGGAGUGAACACUUUUACUUGUGCCUGCGUUCCUGGCUAUACUGGGCCUACGUGUGGAACAGAUAUCAACGAUUGUUCUCCCGAUCCUUGUGAAAAUGGAGGAAUUUGCAGUGAUGGUGUGAACACCUUUACUUGUACCUGCGAUCCUGGAUAUACUGGGCCUACGUGUGGAACAGAUAUCAACGAUUGUUCUCUUGAUCCUUGUGAGAAUGGAGGAAUUUGUAUUGAUGGAGUAAACACCUUUACUUGUGCCUGCGAUCCUGGCUAUACUGGGCCUACAUGUGGAACAGCUGAUCCUCGACCAUGUGAGACUGAAAGACGAAUAAGGCUGGAAGAAAGAGGUGAAACGGAGAAUGUGUUUAUCCCACAAUGUACUCAAGAUGGAUUCUAUGCCAUGGAGCAGUGUUACAAGGGCAAUGGUACUUACUGUUGGUGUGCGGACCCCGAGACUGGAGCCGUCCUCCCCGACAGCGAAGUCCAUGGUGCUCGUGCAGACUGCGAUCCUAUCAACGAUUGUUCUCCUGAUCCUUGUGAGAAUGGAGGAAUUUGCAGUGACGGAGUGAACACCUUUACCUGUGCCUGCAAUCCUGGCCAUACUGGGCCAACGUGUGGAACAGAUAUCAACGAUUGUUCGCCCGAUCCUUGUGAGAAUGGAGGAACUUGCAGUGAUGGAGUGAACACCUUUACCUGUGCCUGCAAUCCUGGCUAUACUGGGCCUACGUGUGGAACAGCUAUCAACGAUUGUUCUCCUGAUCCUUGUGAGAAUGGAGGAAUUUGCAGUGACGGAGUGAACACCUUUACCUGUGCCUGCAAUCCUGGCCAUACUGGGCCAACGUGUGGAACAGAUAUCAACGAUUGUUCGCCCGAUCCUUGUGAGAAUGGAGGAACUUGCAGUGAUGGAGUGAACACCUUUACCUGUGCCUGCAAUCCUGGCUAUACUGGGCCUACGUGUGGAACAGAUAUCAACGAUUGUUCUCCCGAUCCUUGUGAGAAUGGAGGAAUUUGCAGUGACGGAGUAAACACCUUUACUUGUGCCUGCAAUCCUGGCUAUACUGGGCCUACGUGUGGAACAGAUAUCAACGAUUGUUCGCCCGAUCCUUGUGAGAAUGGAGGAAUUUGUAGUGACGGAGUGAACAUGUUUACUUGUGCCUGCAAUCCUGGCCAUACUGGGCCUACGUGUGGAACAGAUAUCAACGAUUGUUCGCCCGAUCCUUGUGAGAAUGGAGGAAUUUGUAGUGACGGAGUGAACAUGUUUACUUGUGCCUGCAAUCCUGGCCAUACUGGGCCUACGUGUGGAACAGAUAUCAACGAUUGUUCUCCCGAUCCUUGUGAAAAUGGAGGAAUUUGCAGUGAUGGAGUGAACACGUUUAUUUGUGCCUGCAAUCCUGGAUAUACUGGGGCUACGUGUGGAACAGAUAUCAACGAUUGUUCGCCCGAUCCUUGUGAGAAUGGAGGAAUUUGUAGUGACGGAGUGAACAUGUUUACUUGUGCCUGCAAUCCUGGCCAUACUGGGCCUACGUGUGGAACAGAUAUCAACGAUUGUUCGCCCGAUCCUUGUGAGAAUGGAGGAAUUUGUAGUGACGGAGUGAACAUGUUUACUUGUGCCUGCAAUCCUGGCCAUACUGGGCCUACGUGUGGAACAGAUAUCAACGAUUGUUCGCCCGAUCCUUGUGAGAAUGGAGGAAUUUGUAGUGACGGAGUGAACAUGUUUACUUGUGCCUGCAAUCCUGGCCAUACUGGGCCUACGUGUGGAACAGAUAUCAACGAUUGUUCGCCCGAUCCUUGUGAGAAUGGAGGAAUUUGUAGUGACGGAGUGAACAUGUUUACUUGUGCCUGCAAUCCUGGCCAUACUGGGCCUACGUGUGGAACAGAUAUCAACGAUUGUUCUCCCGAUCCUUGUGAAAAUGGAGGAAUUUGCAGUGAUGGAGUGAACACGUUUAUUUGUGCCUGCAAUCCUGGAUAUACUGGGCCUACGUGUGGAACAGAUAUCAACGAUUGUUCUCCCGAUCCUUGUGAAAAUGGAGGAAUUUGCAGUGAUGGAGUGAACACGUUUAUUUGUGCCUGCAAUCCUGGAUAUACUGGGCCUACGUGUGGAACAGAUAUCAACGAUUGUUCUCCCGAUCCUUGUGAAAAUGGAGGAAUUUGCAGUGAUGGAGUGAACACGUUUAUUUGUGCCUGCAAUCCUGGAUAUACUGGGCCUACGUGUGGAACAGAUAUCAACGAUUGUUCUCCCGAUCCUUGUGAAAAUGGAGGAAUUUGCAGUGAUGGAGUGAACACGUUUAUUUGUGCCUGCAAUCCUGGAUAUACUGGGCCUACGUGUGGAACAGAUAUCAACGAUUGUUCUCCCGAUCCUUGUGAAAAUGGAGGAAUUUGCAGUGAUGGAGUGAACACGUUUAUUUGUGCCUGCAAUCCUGGAUAUACUGGGCCUACGUGUGGAACAGAUAUCAACGAUUGUUCGCCCGAUCCUUGUGAGAAUGGAGGAAUUUGUAGUGACGGAGUGAACAUGUUUACUUGUGCCUGCAAUCCUGGCCAUACUGGGCCUACGUGUGGAACAGAUAUCAACGAUUGUUCUCCCGAUCCUUGUGAAAAUGGAGGAAUUUGCAGUGAUGGAGUGAACACGUUUAUUUGUGCCUGCAAUCCUGGAUAUACUGGGCCUACGUGUGGAACAGAUAUCAACGAUUGUUCGCCCGAUCCUUGUGAGAAUGGAGGAAUUUGUAGUGACGGAGUGAACAUGUUUACUUGUGCCUGCAAUCCUGGCCAUACUGGGCCUACGUGUGGAACAGAUAUCAACGAUUGUUCUCCCGAUCCUUGUGAGAAUGGAGGAAUUUGCAGUGAUGGAGUGAACAUGUUUACUUGUGCCUGCAAUCCUGGCCAUACUGGGCCUACGUGUGGAACAGAUAUCAACGAUUGUUCGCCCGAUCCUUGUGAGAAUGGAGGAAUUUGCAGUGAUGGAGUGAACAUGUUUACUUGUGCCUGCAAUCCUGGCCAUACUGGGCCUACGUGUGGAACAGAUAUCAACGAUUGUUCGCCCGAUCCUUGUGAGAAUGGAGGAAUUUGUAGUGACGGAGUGAACAUGUUUACUUGUGCCUGCAAUCCUGGCCAUACUGGGCCUACGUGUGGAACAGAUAUCAACGAUUGUUCUCCCGAUCCUUGUGAAAAUGGAGGAAUUUGCAGUGAUGGAGUGAACACGUUUAUUUGUGCCUGCAAUCCUGGAUAUACUGGGCCUACGUGUGGAACAGAUAUCAACGAUUGUUCGCCCGAUCCUUGUGAGAAUGGAGGAAUUUGUAGUGACGGAGUGAACAUGUUUACUUGUGCCUGCAAUCCUGGCCAUACUGGGCCUACGUGUGGAACAGAUAUCAACGAUUGUUCUCCCGAUCCUUGUGAAAAUGGAGGAAUUUGCAGUGAUGGAGUGAACACGUUUAUUUGUGCCUGCAAUCCUGGAUAUACUGGGCCUACGUGUGGAACAGAUAUCAACGAUUGUUCGCCCGAUCCUUGUGAGAAUGGAGGAAUUUGUAGUGACGGAGUGAACAUGUUUACUUGUGCCUGCAAUCCUGGCCAUACUGGGCCUACGUGUGGAACAGAUAUCAACGAUUGUUCUCCCGAUCCUUGUGAAAAUGGAGGAAUUUGCAGUGAUGGAGUGAACACGUUUAUUUGUGCCUGCAAUCCUGGAUAUACUGGGCCUACGUGUGGAACAGAUAUCAACGAUUGUUCGCCCGAUCCUUGUGAGAAUGGAGGAAUUUGUAGUGACGGAGUGAACAUGUUUACUUGUGCCUGCAAUCCUGGCCAUACUGGGCCUACGUGUGGAACAGAUAUCAACGAUUGUUCUCCCGAUCCUUGUGAAAAUGGAGGAAUUUGCAGUGAUGGAGUGAACACGUUUAUUUGUGCCUGCAAUCCUGGAUAUACUGGGCCUACGUGUGGAACAGAUAUCAACGAUUGUUCUCCCGAUCCUUGUGAAAAUGGAGGAAUUUGCAGUGAUGGAGUGAACACGUUUAUUUGUGCCUGCAAUCCUGGAUAUACUGGGCCUACGUGUGGAACAGAUAUCAACGAUUGUUCGCCCGAUCCUUGUGAGAAUGGAGGAAUUUGUAGUGACGGAGUGAACAUGUUUACUUGUGCCUGCAAUCCUGGCCAUACUGGGCCUACGUGUGGAACAGAUAUCAACGAUUGUUCUCCCGAUCCUUGUGAAAAUGGAGGAAUUUGCAGUGAUGGAGUGAACACGUUUAUUUGUGCCUGCAAUCCUGGAUAUACUGGGCCUACGUGUGGAACAGAUAUCAACGAUUGUUCGCCCGAUCCUUGUGAGAAUGGAGGAAUUUGCAGUGAUGGAGUGAACACCUUUACUUGUGCCUGCAAUCCUGGCCAUACUGGGCCUACGUGUGGAACAGAUAUCAACGAUUGUUCGCCCGAUCCUUGUGAGAAUGGAGGAAUUUGUAGUGACGGAGUAAACAUGUUUACUUGUGCCUGCAAUCCUGGCCAUACUGGGCCUACGUGUGGAACAGAUAUCAACGAUUGUUCGCCCGAUCCUUGUGAGAAUGGAGGAAUUUGUAGUGACGGAGUGAACAUGUUUACUUGUGCCUGCAAUCCUGGCCAUACUGGGCCUACGUGUGGAACAGAUAUCAACGAUUGUUCGCCCGAUCCUUGUGAGAAUGGAGGAAUUUGUAGUGACGGAGUGAACAUGUUUACUUGUGCCUGCAAUCCUGGCCAUACUGGGCCUACGUGUGGAACAGAUAUCAACGAUUGUUCUCCCGAUCCUUGUGAAAAUGGAGGAAUUUGCAGUGAUGGAGUGAACACGUUUAUUUGUGCCUGCAAUCCUGGAUAUACUGGGCCUACGUGUGGAACAGAUAUCAACGAUUGUUCUCCCGAUCCUUGUGAAAAUGGAGGAAUUUGCAGUGAUGGAGUGAACACGUUUAUUUGUGCCUGCAAUCCUGGAUAUACUGGGGCUACGUGUGGAACAGAUAUCAACGAUUGUUCGCCCGAUCCUUGUGAGAAUGGAGGAAUUUGCAGUGAUGGAGUGAACACCUUUACUUGUGCCUGCAAUCCUGGCCAUACUGGGCCUACGUGUGGAACAGAUAUCAACGAUUGUUCGCCCGAUCCUUGUGAGAAUGGAGGAAUUUGCAGUGACGGAGUGAACACCUUUACUUGUGCCUGCAAUCCUGGCUAUACUGGGCCUACGUGUGGAACAGAUAUCAACGAUUGUUCGCCCGAUCCUUGUGAGAAUGGAGGAAUUUGUAGUGACGGAGUGAACAUGUUUACUUGUGCCUGCAAUCCUGGCCAUACUGGGCCUACGUGUGGAACAGAUAUCAACGAUUGUUCGCCCGAUUCUUGUGAGAAUGGAGGAAUUUGCAGUGACGGAGUGAACACCUUUACUUGUGCCUGCAAUCCUGGCUAUACUGGGCCUACGUGUGGAACAGAUAUCAACGAUUGUUCGCCCGAUUCUUGUGAGAAUGAAGGAAUUUGUAGUGACGGAGUGAACACCUUUACUUGUGCCUGCAAUCCUGGCUAUACUGGGCCUACGUGUGGAACAGAUAUCAACGAUUGUUCGCCCGAUCCUUGUGAGAAUGAAGGAAUUUGUAGUGACGGAGUGAACAUGUUUACUUGUGCCUGCAAUCCUGGCCAUACUGGGCCUACGUGUGGAACAGAUAUCAACGAUUGUUCGCCCGAUCCUUGUGAGAAUGGAGGAAUUUGCAGUGACGGAGUGAACACCUUUACUUGUGCCUGCAAUCCUGGCUAUACUGGGCCUACGUGUGGAACAGAUAUCAACGAUUGUUCGCCCGAUCCUUGUGAGAAUGGAGGAAUUUGCAGUGAUGGAGUAAACACCUUUAUUUGUGCCUGCAAUCCUGGCUAUACUGGGCCUACGUGUGGAACAGAUAUCAACGAUUGUUCGCCCGAUCCUUGUGAGAAUGGAGGAAUUUGCAGUGAUGGAGUGAACACCUUUACUUGUGCCUGCAAUCCUGGCUAUACUGGGCCUACGUGUGGAACAGAUAUCAACGAUUGUUCGCCCGAUCCUUGUGAGAAUGGAGGAAUUUGCAGUGAUGGAGUGAACACCUUUACUUGUGCCUGCAAUCCUGGCUAUACUGGGCCUACGUGUGGAACAGAUAUCAACGAUUGUUCUCCCGAUCCUUGUGAGAAUGGAGGAAUUUGCAGUGAUGGAGUGAACAUGUUAACUUGUGCCUGCGAUCCUGGCUAUACUGGGCCUACGUGUGGAACAGAUAUCAACGAUUGUUCUCCCGAUCCUUGUGAGAAUGGAGGAAUUUGCAGUGAUGGAGUGAACAUGUUUACUUGUGCCUGCGAUCCUGGCUAUACUGGGCCUACGUGUGGAACAGAUAUCAACGAUUGUUCUCCCGAUCCUUGUGAGAAUGGAGGAAUUUGCAGUGAUGGAGUCAACACCUUUACUUGUUGCUGCAAUCCUGGCCAUACUGGGCCUACGUGUGGAACAGAUAUCAACGAUUGUUCGCCCGAUCCUUGUGAGAAUGGAGGAAUUUGCAGUGAUGGAGUGAACACCUUUACUUGUGCCUGCAAUCCUGGUUAUACUGGGCCUACGUGUGGCACAGAUAUCAACGAUUGUUCUCCCGAUCCUUGUGAGAAUGGAGGAAUUUGCAGUGAUGGAGUGAACAUGUUUACUUGUGCCUGCGAUCCUGGCUAUACUGGGCCUACGUGUGGAACAGAUAUCAACGAUUGUUCGCCCGAUCCUUGUGAGAAUGGAGGAAUUUGCAAUGAUGGAGUGAACGCCUUUACUUGUGCCUGCAAUCCUGGCUAUACUGGGCCUACGUGUGGAACAGAUAUCAACGAUUGUUCGCCCGAUCCUUGUGAGAAUGGAGGAAUUUGCAGUGAUGGAGUGAACACCUUUACUUGUGCCUGCAAUCCUGGCUAUACUGGGCCUACGUGUGGAACAGAUAUCAACGAUUGUUCUCCCGAUCCUUGUGAGAAUGGAGGAAUUUGCAGUGAUGGAGUGAACACGUUUACUUGUGCCUGCGAUCCUGGCUUUACUGGGCCUACGUGUGGAACAGAUAUCAACGAUUGUUCUCCCGAUCCUUGUGAGAAUGGAGGAAUUUGCAGUGAUGGAGUGAACACCUUUAUUUGUGCCUGCAAUCCUGGCUAUACCGGGCCUACGUGUGGAACAGGAAGUUCUAGUGCUGCAGAGGUUCGACUUGCCGGAUCAGGUAGCUCCGCCAAUCAAGGUCGAGUUGAGGUGUAUGCCAAUGGGCAAUGGGGAACAGUAUGCGACGAUCUUUGGGGGCAGAGAGACGCUGAUGUAGUGUGCAGGCAGUUGGGCUUCCCUGGAGCUUCUAGCUACACGAUACAUGCCAACACUUUUGGCGCCGGCUCAGGACCCAUCCACCUAGACGAUAUGAGAUGUGUAGGCAACGAACGUUCAAUCAUGGAUUGCCCGAAGAACGCAAUCGGUUUCCACGAUUGCCGUCACUCUGAUGAUGCUGGAGUGAUAUGUCGCGUUGGUCAGGUUUCACAAUCCACAGAAAUUUGUAGGGGUACAGAGGUGCGACUUGCCGGAUCAGGUAACUCCGCCAAUCAAGGUCGAGUUGAGGUGUAUGCCAAUGGGCAAUGGGGAACAGUAUGCGACGAUCUUUGGGGGCUGGACGACGCGGAUGUAGUGUGCAGGCAGUUGGGCUUCCCUGGGGCUUCUAGCUACACGAUACAUGCCAUGAUCUUCGGCGCCGGCUCAGGACCCAUCCUCCUGGACGAUAUGAGAUGUGUAGGCAACGAAACUUCAAUCAUGGACUGCCCAAAGAACGCAAUCGGUGUCCACAAUUGCCAGCACUCUGAUGAUGCUGGAGUGAUAUGUCACGUUAAUCAGGAGGUGCGACUUGCCGGAUCAGGUAGCUCCGCCAAUCAAGGUCGAGUUGAGGUGUUUGCCAAUGGUCAAUGGGGAACAGUAUGCGACGAUCUUUGGGAGCAGAGGGAAGCUAACGUAGUGUGCAGGCAAUUGGGCUUCCCUGGAGCUUCUGGCUUCACGAGAGGGGCCAUGAUUUUCGGCGAAGGCUCAGGACCCAUCUUUCUGGACAAUAUGAAAUGUGUAGGCGACGAAACUUCAAUCAUGGACUGCCCAAAGAACAGAAUCGGUGCCCACAAUUGCCAGCACUCUGAUGAUGCUGGAGUGAUAUGUCGCGUUGCUCAGGGGAGUUCUUGUGGUGCAGAGAUGCGACUUGCCGGAACAGGUAGCUCCGCCAAUCAAGGUCGAGUCGAGGUAUAUUUAAAUGGGCAAUGGGGAACAGUAUGCUCCGAUCUUUGGGGGCUGGACGACGCGGAUGUAGUGUGCAGGCAGUUGGGCUUUCCUGGAGCUUCUGGCUUCACGAUGCGGGCCCGGACUUUUGGUGAAGGCUCAGGACCCAUCUUUCUGGACAAUGUAAGAUGUGUAGGCGACGAAACUUCAAUCAACGACUGCGUGAAGAACGCAAUCGGUUUCCACAAUUGCCUUCACUCUGAUGAUGCUGGAGUCAUAUGUCAAUUAGCUGACAGGAGCAUGGAGGAUGUGGAGUAAUAUCAGAAAAAAGAAUAACAGGUGGCCGCUGAAGAACGAUCCAAUGCCAAAAAGGAUGCUGACUUGAAGUAGAAAAAUGUCCUCCUGGCUCUAUCUGAUUUCCUGGCAAAACUAGAGGACAAAUAGAUGAUAUAAGACAGCGGACACACUGAACUUGGGGCGGACUGGGAGCUAAGAUAUAUAGAGGCUUUUUUCUGCACGUUCGCUCAGCCGUUUAUUCAUUCACGGUUGGGUGAUGUCACUUCAUAUUAAUAGGUGUGACGCGUGAUCGUUACAGCGGAUUCGAAAAGGACCCUAUUUUGUGCAUACUUUCAAGAACAUUUUCCCCACAAAUAAAGAAAACAUGAUCCCUUUUGCACAAGAGCAGGUACAAAGAUUAGGCUCUAGAUAAAA